AUGGCUCAAGUUCAUUUCCAAUGGGGAGGUGAACGUGCUGCUAUAGAAAAACCAACUUCGAAAGGUGGAAUGUUCGAAGUUAAUCGCAUAAACCGCGUCAAUGCUAAAAUGGAUGCACUUACUCAAAAGAUUGAAAGCUUAGCCAUAACACCAACAACUACCGCAAUUGCUGUAACACCAAACUGUGAAUUGUGUGGAACCCAUGGGCGCACUAAUGCUGAUUGUCAGUUAUUGGUUGGUAUUCCUACCGACCAAGUAAAUUAUGCUCAAGGAAACCCAUAUUCCAACACUUACAAUACUGGCUGGAGAAAUCAUCCAAACUUUUCUUAUAAAAAUAACAUGGCUUUAUUUCCUCUAAACCUAACACCUGCUAUUCCACCUGGUUAUCAGAAAGGGGCCCCUUUUGCUCCACAAGCACCUAGAAAGUCAAAUCUAGAGAUCAUGAUGGAAAACUUUAUGAAUGCUCAAGCUCAAAAAAAAAUUAUUUUGUAA